CUUCAAAAUGCUAAAAUAAGCUAAGAAAUAUAUAUAAUCUAAACAAUCACUACAUAUAACUACUACGGAGUAAUUGGGGACAGUUGUACUUAUUAUAUAUAGAAAUAAAUACCACGCAGAGAUCAUUAGCAAAUUAAUCACUCACUAGCUUCCAAGUUCCAACAUUUGUACUUUUAAUAAUAAUAACAAUAAAUAAAAAAACCCGAUGUGGAUAAAUUUAUUUAUUGGUGGAAUGUGGGAUCGGGUGUGUACAUAGAAAGAUCGGGCCAGCCCGGGUGGGUUCGGUUCAUCAAACCCAUUCCUAUGUUUGGGCCCGGGCACGACGUAGGAAUCGGAUUCGGGUUCCCGGGGAACUCACCCAACUGCAAAUCCGACCCGCCCAGUAAACUCCCGAACUGCCGCCCUCCCCCGCUCGCAGUCGUCAGAAGCGACGUGAAACUGGCGUUCACAUCGAAGCCCGGGAUCCCGGCGAUCCGGAACGGCUCAUCCGACUUCUGCGGCGGCGCGGCUGGAGGACGACGGUUCGGCGGAGAAGACGGCGUCGCCGUGGUCGUCGAGGAGGAUCGCUUGGAAGAGGAGGAGGAGGAGGUGGAGGAGGAGGAUGAGGAAGAGGAGGAGCGCUUGGUGGAGCUCUUGCGGGUGCCGCCACCGACGGGGAUGUUUCUGAGAGCGCCGCCUUUGGUCCAAUACCUUUUGCAGUUUUUGCAGAAGUGGCGCGGCUGAGAGAGGUUGUAAUUGUUGAAGUAGCAGAACUUGGUGUUCAUGGAAUCGCACCUGGGACAUUUCAGGUGCUCCUGCUCUGGAAAUUGAGGUUUGAUCUGCGUAUAUAUUAUUGACGGAUCCUGCAUCUUCUUCUUCUUCUUCUUCUUCUGAUCAAUCAAUCGAUCACACAGAGUUCGAAAGCAAUUGGGUAAUUUCUUUUUUCGAAUCUGCAGAAAUCGGAGCAAAUUAACUUUUUGGGGUUUGUGGGGAAUGAAAUGGGGGGAGUUCAGAUCGAGCUUUAGGAACUGGUGAGAAGAGAAUUAAAAAGCAGAUGGUUUAAAGGGGGGGAGGAAAGUGGGAAGUUGGGAAUUAAAGAGGGGAAGGACAAAAAGAAGCUUCAAAAUAAAAAGGGGAAAAAGUAUGUAUGGACGAAAAAGUCAAGAUUUGUUUUUC